CGGAUACAUGCGCCAGGACAGAAACGAUCCAGACUCGUUCCGUCCCGGCUGGGACCAAAGAGCGCCGGCAGGGGCGAGAAUAAUUGAGAAUUGUGAAGCACAGCCCUUACACAGCUGCUCGACGUCCUCGACGCCAUCUCAUUCCUCGUGCCUGGUCCCAUCGCCUGUUGAGCAUGGGGUCUGAGGAGAUUUGCUGUUCCUCCCCGCAUUUGUCAGUCUGGAGCCGUCCUCCGAUAUGAGUCGCCCGCCGCCCGCGUCGCGCAUCAAGGCCCUCUCCGAGAAGAAGAGAGAGCGCGAAGUCCUCCAAUAUGUCGCCGCCUAUCGUGACCUGCCAUAUCUGGAGGAGCUGGCCUCUGCGCCAGAGGUGACGGGCCUGCCCACCGACCACAUCUCGCGGCCCUCGAUAGACUCGACCCUGACCGCGUUGUGCCAGCUGGCGGCCUUGCGCAUGAACGCGCAGCGCGCCUUGGUAUCGCUGAUCGACGACACACGCCAGCAUGUACUGGCAGAGGCAACUCCACGAACUUCGCUCCGCGAAGGAGCCCCACCAGGCGAGGGGUCGAACUCCUUGUGGCUGGGCAGCGUCAGCGUUCCCCGAAGUUGGGGUAUCUGCGAGCAGGUCUUGGCAUUGAACGUGGUCAAAAUACCUUCGGCGGAAGGAGCGUCGGUCAUCAUCAACAAAGAUCUCCUUGAUGAUGAUCGAUAUGCCCAGCGCACCUAUGUUCGAGAUGGUCCAAAGGUGCGAUUCUUUGCCGGAGCAGCUCUCGUGAGCUCGCAUGGCGCCAUUGUGGGCGCUCUGUGCGUUUUUGACGACGAGCCUAGGUCAGCAGGCAUCUCAGAUGAGGCCGUCAGCUCCUUUGAAGAUCUUGCAGGCACCGUUAUCGAGUACCUGGACAAUUACAUUGUCAAGGACCGAUUCAAGCGUGGCGAGAAGCUCACUCGUGGUCUAAUAUCCUUCGCUGAAGGGGCAUCUGCGCUGCUACCACUCGACAACGCCGAUUUUUCAGAGUCACAUUCGCCCACAACAACUUCAGCUAUUUCUUUUAGUUCUGGUGCAGAGACAAGAUCUACGCAAAAUGCGCCCACCAAAAUUGGCGCGCGAUCGCAGGCGUCUCAGACUACCUAUGCUGCUUCACAGAUGUCACAGGCUGAUUCUCAAAAGUCUGAACAGGAACAAAAGAAGCAGCGAUUUUCGACUGGCUCAGACACUGUACGAGCAGGCUCUACGCGAAACACCUCACUACGAGCCCUGCAGGACACUAUUCUGCCGAUGAACUCAAAAUCCAUGUUCGCCCGAGCCGCAAAUGUCAUGCUCGCAUCCAGCGACCUGGACGGAGUCCUGAUUCUCGACGCAUCCAUUGCAGCAACGGGACAUCGACAACAUCCGGCGGCCCCAGAACGUGAAAGACUCAGUGGCGGUCAGUCAGACUCUGCAGAAGUAGGGUCGAAAUCAGAGUCGAGCGAGGACAGUAGCUCACACAGCAGCAACGCCAACAAGAACGCCAACUCAUCUUCGUCGAAGAAGUGUGGAGUUCUUGGAGCUGCGCCGUCAAGGCCGGCCGUGAACGUUGAUGGCACGCCUGGAGCUGGAUCUCUCGCUGAAACAAAUUUAGCGCGCUUGCUGCGGGAGUAUCCUCACGGAAAGGUCUUCAACUACACCGUCAAGGGUAUCUCCAUGUCCUCGACAGAUGAUUCGUCCUCGCACAAAGGCUCUCGCAAUAAUUUCCUGCCCGCCGGCGACGAUCUGCGCCCUGCACCCAGCCGGAGAGGUGGUCGCACGUCAAGAAGCUCGAAAGCGAUUUUUGAGCUGCUUCCUGGGGCGAGAAGCGUCGCAUUCGUGCCCUUCUGGGAUUACGAGCGAUCAAGAUGGUUCGCAGGGUGUCUGUGUUGGACCAACAGUCCAGAUCGAUUGCUUUCUGUAUCUGUGGAUCUGGCCUACUUCAAUAUCUUCAGUCACUCGAUCAUGCGCGAGCUGUCUCGGUUAGACGCCGUUGCAUUGAAUCAGCAGAAGACCACCUUCGUUGCAUCGAUAUCUCACGAAUUACGUUCACCUUUGCAUGGUAUUUUGGGUACAUUGGAAUUUAUCAGAGACACCCCGCUGGACACUUUUCAAACCAGCAUGCUCAAUUCAUUGAACAGUUGCGGCCAGACUCUGCUCGACACGAUUAACCACGUCAUGGACCACUCGAAGAUGAGCGAGACCACUAAGAAUGUGUCUACAAGACGUCUGAAGAACACCAAGACUGUACGACUGUCAUCGAAGCCUCUCAAGACACUCCGCGCAAUGAAAGAGCCAGCAUUCGACCUCGGCAUAGCAACUGAAGAAGUCGUCGAGGCUGUGUUUGCUGGAUCGUCUUUUCUUGCUAUCAUGAGCUCAAAGAAUGUACCAUUGUCGCCAACGGAAUCAACGGCGACGUCAGUGACUACCGAGCCAUCUGAUAUAACGACGAAACGUAAGACUUGCUAUAUCAUACUGGACGUUGGUCACGAGCAGGAUUGGAUCUACUGCUUUCCUGUGGGGUCGUGGAAGAGGACUGUCAUGAACCUCUUCGGCAACGCUAUAAAGUACACGCUGACAGGUCACAUAACUGUAUCGCUUCAUGCGACAGACGUUGCAAGAAGUACAGGUUCACAGACUACUAUUACGCUCACCGUCUCCGAUACAGGCAGUGGCAUGAGCCCUGCUUUCCUCGCCAAUAAGGCAUUCCAGCCAUUCUCGCAGGAGAAUUCACACACCUCCGGAGUGGGACUAGGCUUGAGCAUUGUCCGACAGAUUAUUGAGACCAACGGUGGCAAAAUCGAGGUCAGCAGUGAUCACACUUUUGGCACCAAGAUCACGGUCAAGCUAUCUCUGGUCAGACCCGAGGUGGCACGAAUUGCUUCACCUCAGCGAAACGAGUAUCUUUCUUGGCUACCACGCUUGAAGGGUCGCAAGGUGUGCAUUUUGCACAGGGCCCACGCUGAUCAGGACAUCGUGGACGAACCACAGAACGCUGAAGGGCUAGCGAAGUUCACGCGGGCACUGACGACGACCUUGGCGGACCAUUUGAAGAUGGACGCUGUUCAAACAUCGAAUUGGGAAGGCAAUGACUGUGACAUUGUUAUUUGUCCCGAGCCAUCUUUUGACUACCUCAAUUCUGUCAGAGAGAAGAGGGUUGGUACGAAAGCUGCGAAAGCGGCAGUGACCAUCUUUGUGGCUCUAGAUGCACUCGAAGCUGCAACAUUACGUUCCGAUGUUCGCGUUAAGAACAAGGAGUCGGUGGUCGAAAUAAUGACCCAGCCGCUUGGACCCUUCAAACUAGCUUAUGUACUGAACAAAUGUCUCGAUCGAUUCGAACAUCCGGGCGAGAACGUACAGCGUGCUUCCAACCUUGCCUCUGCCUUCGAAGCUAACCUCCCUCAGUCAAAUUCACCACACAUCGAGGAGCCGUCGACACCGCCUCCUUUCGUUUCACCUCCAUACUUAUCCCCACUUCCGGUUGAGAUGCCGCCACUCGUAAAUCAGCCUCAUUGGCAUGCAACAGAUAGGCCUGAGGCUACUACCUCGUUUUUCACAGAUUAUGAAUAUCUAUCGACAUCGAAUGCAGCGACACCAGUUCCUGCAGAGUGUGCGCUUCCAAUUCGCCCAAAGCUUACAAUGCCCGUCAAAGGAAGCAGCUCCUCAUCAAAUAUUCUCAUUACAGACGACAAUGCAAUCAACCGCAGGCUUCUUGUGGCUUUCAUGAACAAACACAAGCUUCAAUAUGCCGAGGCUGAGAACGGACUCGAAGCUGUGCGUGCAUAUCAAUCAAGCCAGGUGACAUUCGAUAUUAUCUUGAUGGAUAUGUCAAUGCCCGUUAUGGAUGGCAUGACGGCGACGAGAACUAUUCGACAAUACGAGCAAGAGUACAACAUCCCACGAAGCUGCAUCAUCGCUCUGACAGGCUUGGCGUCCGCCAGCGCAAAACUAGAGGCUUGGAAUUCCGGGAUAGACCACUUCAUGACUAAGCCAGUCAACUUCAAGGCACUCGAAAGAUUCCUCAAAAAGGAGGAGAUGAGGCGCCAUGAGGCUGCAGGCGCAGCCCAGGGCUCGAACUCAACAUCAGCAUCUGGCAGCUGAAGCUGUCAUUGAAGGAACUUAUUUCUUCCACACAUUAUCGCCAUUCGGCCGUUUCAAAUAGGCUGGUUGGUUCUAAUGCAGACUGACCAGAUUGACAUGCCGCGGAGCAGCAACGGCCGCCGUCCGGCUCAUAGGCCACGCUCGUAAGGGACAAGGGCUCGCGAUGUCAUCGACAAGCCUUCAAGA